GUGCUGGCGAAUUUCGUAGUUGCCGUUCGCCGUUCGUCGUUUCGACUUGAUUUAGUUUAGUUUAGUUUAUUUAGUGCAGGGAUGCGAGGUGGAGCGCAAGGGGGCGGGGAUCCCCCCACCCGCGCACAAGACCCACUCACAUUCUCACAUUUCUUGAGUGAGUUUGGCCUGUCUUAUUUUUUUUGGAGCCCGUGAAGAGCGAAGAGCUCAAAGUAAGUGAGCACUGGAUUACAGAUCACACGUACUACACAGGUGUGUGUAUACCACACAAAUAAAACCAUCGGUGGGCAGUUUAAGGAGGUUUUGAUAAAUUUGCAUGUCAUUCGCUUGGCAAAAGCGCUCCUUCCACUUUCUCUCACUCUUUCUCUGGGAUAACGGUACUCAUCUGGAAAAUCGGGAAGAGAAGGAAGGCUUAAGCUCGGCCUUAAGCUGGAAAUUGCCGAAAACGACGGGAAGGCGAAAAAUAAACAGAAAUAGCGGUUAGCGGGCAGCGACGUCGGCCGCGGCGCCGACGCCGGCAGAGACUGGAAACAGACAUGAGCUUGGAGCGUAGCGAUCCAUUUAAAUCAGAACGGUUACGGGAAUCGCGAAUCGAGAAGCGACGGAGCGACGUCACCGCCGCCGUCACCGUUAACAAAAAGUGUCAACCGACUGCUGGCAGCGCUUCAAUUCAGCGUGCGCCGCUUAACGGUAACGGUCCUGCGACGCGAUCGCACAGUCUUUCCUUCCAGUAUUUCGCGAUUUUUUUCUUUUCCACCUGUCCAACCGUCCAACAACAAACAAAGAACUUAACGAACGCUAAAAGUUCUCCUGAGUGUUUUUUUUUUCAUCCAUUUUUGAUCGUAGUGCGACACCCCGACGAGCAUGUCGCCAAAUCGAUGGAUCCUGCUGCUCGUCUUCUACAUAUCCUACCUGAUGUUCGGAGCUGCGAUCUAUUACCACAUUGAGCACGGCGAGGAGAAGAUAUCGCGCACCGAGGUGCGCAAGGAGCAAAUCGCAAUCAACGAAUAUCUUCUGGAGGAGCUGGGCGACAAGAACGCGAGCACUCAGAACGAGAUUCUCGAGAGGAUUUCGAAUUAUUGUGGAAAGCCCGUAACGAAUCCGCCGGCUCAUGAUGAUACCCCCUACACGUGGACCUUCUACCACGCCUUCUUUUUCGCCUUCACCGUCUGUUCGACGGUGGGCUAUGGCAACAUAUCGCCAACCACCUUCGCCGGACGGAUGAUCAUGAUUGUGUACUCGGUGAUUGGAAUCCCCGUCAACGGAAUCCUCUUUGCCGGCCUGGGCGAGUAUUUCGGUCGUACGUUCGAAGCGAUUUACAGGCGAUACAAAAAGUACAAGAUGUCGACGGAUAUGCACUAUGUGCCACCUCAGCUGGGACUGAUUACCACGGUGGUGAUUGCCCUGAUACCGGGCAUAGCCCUGUUUCUGUUGCUGCCCUCGUGGGUGUUCACCUACUUUGAGGACUGGCCCUAUUCCAUCUCGCUGUACUACAGCUAUGUGACCACGACCACGAUAGGAUUUGGUGACUUUGUGCCCACCUUUGGGCCCAAUCAGCCUCGUGAGUUUGGCGGCUGGUUUGUGGUCUAUCAGAUCUUCGUGAUCGUGUGGUUCAUCUUCUCCCUGGGCUACCUGGUCAUGAUCAUGACUUUUAUAACCCGGGGUCUGCAGAGCAAGAAGUUGGCGUAUCUGGAGCAGCAGUUGUCCUCCAAUCUGAAGGCCACUCAAAACCGCAUCUGGACAGGUGUCACCAAGGAUGUGGGCUACCUGAGGCGAAUGCUCAACGAGCUCUACAUCCUCAAAGUGAAGCCCGUGUACACCGACCUAGAUAUUGCCUACACCCUGCCCCGUUCCGCCUCGUGUCCUGAUCUGAGCAUGUACCGGAUGGAGCCGGCCCCCAUUCCCAGCCGGAAGAGGGCCUUCUCCGUGUGCGCGGACCUGGCUGCCGCCCAAAGGGAUGCCGGCAUGAUGGUGCACGCCAGCUCCGACACGGAGCUGAGCAAACUGGAUCGCGAGAAGACGUUCGAGACGGCGGAGGCAUACCGCCAGACCACCGAUCUGCUGGCCAAGGUGGUCAGUGCUCUGGCCACGGUGAAGCCACCGCCGGCGGCGGAGCAAGAGGAUGCGGCCCUGUACGGUGGCUAUCAUGGCUUCUCCGACUCCCAGAUCCUGGCCAGCGAAUGGUCGUUCUCGACGGUGAACGAGUUCACAACACCGCGACGACCUCGUGCCCGAGCCUGCUCCGAUUUCAAUCUGGGAGCUCCGCACUGGCAGAGCGAGCGACCACUGCGCUCCAGCCACAACGAAUGGACGUGGAGCGGCGACAACCAGCAGAUCCAGGAGGCCUUCAAUCAGCGCUACAUGCGGUCCAACGGCCAGGCCAACUCGACCAUGGUCCAUCUGGAGCCGGAUGCGCUGGAGGAGCAGCUGAAGAAGCCAUCGCCAGCGGGCGGUCGCGUCAAGAAGUUCUCCAUGCCGGACGGCCUGCGCCGCCUGUUUCCGUUCCAGAGGAAGCGGCCGUCGCAGGAUCUGGAGCGCAAGUUGUCGGUGGUGUCGGUGCCCGAGGGCGUCAUUUCGCAGCAGGCCCGAUCUCCGCUGGAAUACUACAGCAACACGGUCACGGCGGCCUCCAGUCAGUUCUAUCUGCGGAACGGUCGUGGUCCGCCACCACCUUUCGCAUCCAAUGGCAGUUUGGCCAGCGGCGGGCUGACCAAUCUGGGCUUCCAGCUGGAGGAUGGGGCCACGCCGCCAUCGGGAUUGGGCGGAGCUGGAGCUGGAGCAGGAGCAGGAUCGGGAGGAGCCUAUCAACGCAGGCUGGCGGCCGGAAAGCGACGACGCGAGAGCAUCUACACCCAGAAUCCGGCGCCAUCCGCCCGCCGGGGUAGCAUGUAUCCGCCCACCGCCCAAGCUUUGGCCCAGAUGCAGAUGCGACGCGGCAGCCUGGCCACCAGUGGCUCCGGAUCGGCGGCCAUGGCGGCGGUGGCCGCGCGACGAGGCAGCCUCUUCCCGGCCACCGCCUCGCCAUCCUCGUUGGUCUCCGCGUCCUCGGCCCCGCGUCGCAGCAGCAUAUUCUCGGUGACCUCCGACAAGGACAUGAACGUGCUGGAGCAGACCACAAUUGCGGAUCUGAUCCGUGCCCUAGAGGUGGUCCACACCCAUGCCGUGCUGGACGAACAGCAACAGGCGGCGGCAGAGGGAGGAGCUGCCUCAAGGAAGGGUAGCCGGAAGCAGCGCAAGCUGGGCAAUGCGGGAUUGGAUCCGCCGCAGCUGCCACCCAUCCUGUCACUCUUUGCCGGCGAUCAGACGAGAAGUUUGCAGGCGGCGGCUGCCAAUCGGUUGUAUGCCCGUCGCUCCACCAUUGUGGGCAUAUCGCCUACGGGAGGAGCGGCUAGAUCUCUUUUGGAGCCACCGCCCAGCUAUACCGAAAGAGCAGGAAGUCAGGGUCACAGUCAGAGUCAGAGUCAGCCGAGUGCUGGAAAUGCCGUUCCCGUUUCCGUUUCCGGUCCAUCGAAUGCCCCAAGUUCCGGGCAGAGCAAGUUCCGUCGUCGCUUCAGCGUUCGUCCGACGGCUCUGCAGAUUCCACCUGGACAGGCGCCACCGCCAGGUGCCAACUUGUCGGAGCAGUCCUCGCUGCAGCGACGCCUCUCGCUCCGUCCAUCGCCACUGGCCCGCGAACUGUCGCCCACUUCACCACCUGGUGCAAUCGCCUCGACAGCGGGAAGCUGGUAUCGAGGAGUCAGGUGGAGGAGGAGGAGGAGGAGGAGGAGGUGGAGCCGCAGGAGGCACAUCCGCCCAACGGCUGCUGCCACUGCCCGCCGGCACAAGGCCCAGCACCAGCAGCACCCAUUCGCCGCUCUCGAGGAUCGUGCAGAUAUCGCAGGCGCAACGCAAAAGCAGCAUGCCCAGCACAGCAGCGGGAUCGGGUGGUGGCCCCACCGGAUCCACUGGCGAGAAGUAGUUAGUAAGGCGUAAUCCAUAUGCUGUAUUGCCAACUCGUAUAUGUCCAUGUCCAAGGGGGCAAUGGUUUGUUACCCACUUAGUCGAUAAGGCUGCCAAAAGUCCCUUAGUUGUUAUAGCUAAUAUUAUCCGUUAUCUAUUUACAAAUAUCCAGUUAUCCUAGUGUUAUGUAUUUUUUAGAACUAUCUCUCUCUAUUGUUAUCCUGUAUCUGUAUGCAUAUCCUAAUCUAUAUGAAGAAUAUAUAUGUAUUGCUCUAUGUUUGUUGCUAAGAAGGAGCUUAUAUGAACAAAACAAUUCACAUGCUUUCAAGCAUUCAAUUGAGACCGACAAAGGAUCUCGAUUCGUAUGUAACCUUUCCACCGAUCAUUUCACAUGCUGUUAUACAAUAAAGAUAAUCUGCAAAAGUA